AAACACGCAUUAUUAGUUGCUCAUUAAUCAAUGAUUGACGAAUUAUAGAGGUACCCAAUUUCAAUAAGAGUGAAUCUAUAACGAAUCAUAUUAGUGCGUAUUAAAAUGUCAAAGAGUAGUUCGCGGAUUUUAUUUGUAUUAGGAUUAGGAUUAACAUUAUUCAAUGUAUUAUAUUCCUUACCAACACCCCAAGACCAAACUAAUCGUUAUGAACAGACGUAUUCACCCGUUCCCUUGUAUCAAGCAAUGUCACCAACACAAUCUCUAAUGUAUUUGUUAACAGGAAGUCUGCCAAGCGAUAUUAGAAGGGACAAUAAUCUCCAAAUGCUAGUUAAAGAUAAAGAUACUUAUGGUAGUGAUGACGAUGACGACGACGACGACGACGAUGAUGAUGUUGACGACGACGACGAUGAUGAUGAUGAUGAUGAUGAUGAUAACGACGAUAAUGAAGAAGAUGAUGAAGAAGAAGAUGAUGACGACGACGACGACGACGAUGAUAAUGAAGAAGAUGAUGAUGACGACGAUGAUGAUAAAUAGAUAUAGUUUGAAGACACCAUAAAAUCCAAACAUAAUUUUACAAGAUUAAAAUAUCAAUGAAAACUGUCAUUUUAAUUAAAAAUAUCAUUGUUAAAAUAAUACUUUAAAUUGUGAAUUUAAGAUUUUUUUCGCGAUAAAAAAAUUCAGUAAGGCUAUUUAGAGCAAAAAUAAUAAAUAAAAUGUGACACUUAGUUAAAUAACUUGAAUUACUUUUUAUUAAUUGUCAUAACAUUAUUUUAUUUUAUAUUAUACAGAUUCCAUUUCUACAUCACAAUAUUUAUAUAUUUAUAUGUACUCUUUCUCCAUCUUAC